GUUAUACUAAUAAAUAUGCAAAUUGUGUUUUAUUUUUUUUAUUCAGAUGAACGCGAGGCUGUCCAGAAGAAGACUUUUAACAAAUGGGUGAAUUCUCACCUGGCCAGAGUAAGCUGUCGAAUAAGUGACCUCUACACUGACCUGCGCGAUGGACGCAUGCUGAUCCGUUUGCUGGAGGUGCUGUCUGGAGAGCAGCUGCCCAAGCCCACGAAGGGUCGCAUGCGAAUCCACUGCCUGGAGAAUGUCGACAAGGCCCUGCAGUUUCUGAAGGAGCAGAAAGUUCACCUGGAGAACAUGGGGUCACAUGACAUCGUCGACGGCAACCACAGGCUCACGCUGGGCCUAAUCUGGACCAUCAUCCUCCGUUUCCAGAUUCAGGACAUCAGUGUGGAGACAGAAGACAACAAGGAGAGGAAAUCUGCCAAGGAUGCCCUACUGCUGUGGUGUCAAAUGAAGACUGCGGGCUAUCCUAACGUGAAUGUGCACAACUUCACAACCAGCUGGCGAGACGGCCUGGCGUUCAGCGCGAUCGUUCACAAGCACAGGUCAGACCUGAUUGAGUUUGACACUCUGAAGAGGUCCAAUGCUCACUAUAACCUCCAGAACGCUUUCAAUGUGGCUGAGAAGGAGCUGGGCCUGACCAAACUGCUGGACCCAGAGGAUGUCAAUGUGGACCAGCCGGACGAGAAGUCUAUUAUCACCUAUGUUGCCACCUACUAUCACUACUUCUCUAAGAUGAAGGCCCUAGCUGUGGAAGGCAAGAGAAUUGGAAAGGUGCUGGACUACGUCCUGGAGUCUGAUAAGCUGAUCGAGAAGUACGAGACCCUGGCUUCAGACCUGCUGCAGUGGAUUGAACACACCAUCAUCACUCUCAAUGACAGACAGCUGGCCAACUCGCUGAGCGGAGUACAGAACCAGCUGCAGGCUUUCAACACCUACAGGACUGUGGAGAAACCGCCCAAGUUCACGGAGAAGGGCAACCUGGAGGUGCUUCUCUUCACCAUUCAGAGUAAAAUGAGAGCCAACAACCAGAAGGUGUACAUCCCGCGCGAGGGCAAGCUCAUCUCUGACAUCAACAAGGGCUGGGAGCGCCUGGAGAAAGCCGAGCACGAGAGGGAGCUGGCUCUUCGUAACGAGCUGAUUCGUCAGGAGAAGCUGGAACAGCUGGCUGCUCGAUUCGAUCGCAAGGCAGCGAUGAGGGAGACGUGGCUGAGUGAGAACCAGAGGCUGGUGUCCCAGGAUAAUUUCGGCGUGGACUUGGGGGCGGUGGAGGCGGCCACGCGGAAGCACGAGGCCAUCGAGACGGAUAUCGGCGCGUACAGCGAGCGUGUGGCGGCCGUGGCAGCCGUUGCCAGGGAGCUGGAGGCGGAGCGCUACCACGACGUGCGCAGGGUGCUGGCGCGCAGAGACAACGUGCUGAGACUCUGGGAUUAUCUGAGAGAGCUGCUGGCCGCGCGCAGGGAGAGAAUGCACAGGAACCUGGACCUGCAGAGGGUCAUGCAGGAGAUGAGCUACAUCAUGGACUGGAUGGGAGACAUGAAGGCUCGUCUCCAGUCUCAGGACUGUGGGAAGCACUUGCAUGAUGUUGAAGAGCUGUUGCAGACUCACACGCUGGUGGAGGCUGAUAUCUCCGGCCAGGCGGACCGCAUCAAAGCUGUGCGCUCCGGAGCAGAGAAAUUCACCACCGAGGCAGAGGGGUACAAGCCCUGCGAUCCUCAGCUGGUGCAAGACAGGGCCACCCUGCUGGACCGUGCCUACCAGGAGUUGGGCAGGCUGGCGGGGGAGCGGCGGGGCAGGCUGGAGGAGUCGCAGCGGCUCUGGAAGUUCGUGUGGGACAUGGGGGAGAAGGAGGCCUGGAUCAGAGAGCAGGAGCAGAUCCUGUCCACCCAGGACUGUGGGAGAGACCUGACCUCCGCGCUGAGGCUUCUCAGCAAGCACGAGGCCUUCCGCCACGAGAUGGGGGGCCGGUUCGGGCCCCUGGAGCAGAGCGUGCGCGUGGGGGAGGGGCUGGUCGAGGAGGGCCACUUCGGAGCCCCACAGGUUAAAGAACGCAUCACAGAGAUCCGAGCCCAGUGGCGCCACCUCGAGGAGGUGUCCCAGCAGCGCGAGGAGCGGCUCCGGGAGGCGGUCACGCUCUACCAGUUCCAGGCCGAAGCGAACGACAUGGAGGCCUGGAUCCUGGACACCUUGAGGUUCGUGUCCAGCCCUGAGGUGGGGCACGACGAGUAUUCGACCCAGACGCUGGUCAAGAAGCAGAAAGACGUGGACGAGGAGAUCCUGAACCACAGGCCCGUCAUCGACUCGCUCCACGAGCAAGCCCUGAGCCUCCCCGCCGAGCAGGCCCGCUCCCCCCAGGUGGAGGGGCGUCUCCCUGCCAUCGAGCAGCGCUACGAGGAGCUUGUGGCCCUGGCUGCGGCCCGCCGACAAGCCCUGCAGGACGCCCUGGCACUCUACUGCAUGUUCAGCGAGGCUGGGGCCUGCCAGCUGUGGGUCGGGGAGAAGGAGCAGUGGCUCAACGCCAUGGAGAUCCCAGACAAGUUGGAAGACCUGGAGGUGGUGCAGCAGAGGUUUGAGACUCUGGAGCCCGAGAUGAACAACCUGGGCACUCGAAUUGAGGACGUGAACCAGAUCUCCCAGCAGCUGCUGGGCACGGAGCAGAGGCGCCAGGUGGAGGUGUGCAACACACAGGAACAGCUCAAUGCCAGGUGGAGAGAAUUCCAGAACCUCGCCAACCAGAAGAAACAAGCCUUGACCUCUGCUCUGAACAUCCAGAACUACCACCUGGAGUGCAACGAGAUCAAGUCCUGGAUGAGAGAGAAGACCAAGGUCAUCGAGUCCACCCAGGGGCUGGGCAACGACCUGGCCGGAGUCAUGGCCUUGCAGAGGAAGCUGACCGGCAUGGAGCGGGAUCUGGAGGCCAUCCAGGGCAAGCUGGAUGACCUGAAUCAAGAGGCCACCAAACUGGGGGAGGAACAUCCCAGCCAGAAGCCCGAGAUCCAGGCGGGGCUCGCUGACAUCCAGGAGGUGUGGGAGGACCUCAACAACACCAUGAAGGCCAGGGAGGAGAGCCUGGGAGAGGCUGGCAAGAUCCAGGGCUUCCUGAGGGAUCUGGAUGACUUCCAGUCCUGGCUGUCGCGCACCCAGACGGCCAUCGCUUCUGAGGACAACCCUACCUCGCUCGCAGAGGCUGAAAGGCUGCUCACCCAGCACCAGAACAUCAGGAACGAAGUGGACAACUACAAGGAGGACUAUCAGAAGAUGCGGGCAGUGGGGGAGGAGGUGACGCAGGGGCAGACGGACGCACAGCACAUGUUCCUGAGCCAGCGUCUCCAGGCCCUGGACACGGGCUGGAACGAGUUGAGGCAGAUGUGGGAGAACCGGCGCAAUCUGCUGGCCCAAGCCUUCGACUUCCAGACCUUCCUGAGGGACGUCAAGCAGGCCGAGGGCUUUCUCAACAACCAGGAGUACGUGCUCUCCCACACAGAGAUGCCCCCCACGCUUCAGGGAGCCGAGGCGGCCAUCAAGAAACACGAGGACUUCCUCACCACCAUGGACGCAAGCGAGGACAAGAUCAGCAGCGUGGUGGAGACGGGACGCAAGCUAAUGAGCGAGGGCAACGCCAACUCAGACAAGAUCCAGGAGAAGACCGACUCCAUCCACGAGAGACACCAGAAGAACCGUCGGGCUGCCACUGAGCUGCUGGCCAAGCUGAAGGACAACCGGGAGCUUCAGCACUUCCUCCAGGACAGCCAGGAGCUGACUCUCUGGAUCAAUGAGAAGAUGCUCACCGCUCAGGACUUGUCCUACGAUGAGGCUCGGAACCUCCACAGCAAGUGGCAAAAACACCAGGCCUUCAUGGCUGAGCUGGCGUCCAACAAAGACUGGCUGGACAAGAUUGACAAGGAGGGGAAAUCCUUGGUGUGUGAGAAGCCGGAACUCGAACCUGUGGUCACUCAGAAGCUCGCUGACCUGCAGCGUCUGUGGAAGGAGCUUGAGAACACCACCCAGACCAAGGCGCAGUGCCUCUUCGACGCCAACAGGGCGGAGCUGUUCACACAGAGCUGCUCCUCUCUGGAUUCGUGGCUGAAGAACCUGUCCGGCAAGCUGCAGAGCGAUGACUUCGGGAAGGAUCUGACCAGCGUCAAUAUCCUGCUCCAGAAACAGCAGAUGCUGGAGAAUCAGAUGGAAGUGCGUGAGAAGGAGGUAGAAGCCCUCCAAAGCCAGGCCCUGGCGCUGUCCCAGGACGACAGCAACACCGUGGAGGUGGACGCCAAGCAGAGGGGGGUCCAGGAACGCUUCCAGCUGCUGCUGGAGCCAUUGCGAGCCCGGCGCAUGAAGCUGCUCGCCUCCAAGGAGGAGCACCAGUUCAACAGAGAUCUGGAGGAUGAGAUUCUCUGGGUGAAGGAGCGCAUGCCUCUGGCCACCUCGAUGGACCACGGGAAAGAUCUGCCCUCUGUCCAGCUCCUCAUGAAGAAGAACCAGACUCUUCAGAAGGAGAUCCAGGGGCACCAGCCUCGCAUAGACGACAUCCAGGCCCACGGGCUGACAAUGAGGCGAGGGCGGGGAGAGGAGGAAGGGGGGGCGGGGCCGCUGGAGGGCAGGCUGGCGGAGCUCAGAGACAUGUGGAGCCAGCUGAUCUCGGAGGGGGAGAAGAGGCACGGCCGGCUGACCGAGGCUCACAGGGCCCAGCAGUUCUACGCAGACGCAGCCGAGGCAGAGGCGUGGAUGGGGGAGCAGGAGCUGCACAUGAUGUCUGACGAGAAGGCCAAGGACGAGCAGAGCGCCACUGCGAUGGUGAAGAGGCACCAGGGGGUGGAGCAGGCCCUGGAGGACUACGCCCAGACCAUCCACCAGCUCGCCAACGGCAGCCGGCUCAUGGUGACCGGCGAGCACCCUGAGAGCGAGCGGAUCACUAUGCGGCAGGCUCAGGUGGAUAAGCUCUAUGCUGGUCUGAAGGACCUGGCGGAGGAGCGCAGAGGGAAGCUGCAGGAGAGGCUGAGGCUGUGCCAGCUGAAGAAGGAGGUGGAUGAUCUGGAGCAGUGGAUCUCUGAGAGGGAAGUGGUGGCCGGGUCCCACGAGCUGGGCCAGGACUACGAGCAUGUCACGAUGCUGAGGGACAAGUUUCGGGAGUUUGCGCGGGAUACCAGUGCGAUCGGGCAGGAGCGCGUGGACUCGGUGAAUGCUCUGGCCGACGAGCUUAUCGACUCGGGACACCCGGAGAACGCCACGGUGGCGGAGUGGAAGGACGGGCUGAACGACGCCUGGGCUGACCUGCUGGAGCUGAUCGACACGCGCACGCAGAUGCUGUCGGCCUCCUACGAGCUGCACCGCUUCCACCAGGACGCCAAGGAGACGCUGGGCAGGAUCCAGGAGAAGAGAACCCAGCUGCCCGAAGAGCUGGGGAGAGACCUGAACACCGUGCAGCACCUGCAUCGCCAGCACACCACGUACGAGCACGACAUCCAGGCACUGAGCGGACAGGUACGGCAGGUUCACGAGGAUGCGUCCCGGCUGCAGAAGGCCUACGCUGGGGAGAAGGCGGAGGAGAUUCAGAGGCACGACCGCAGCGUGGCGGAGGCCUGGAGCGCCCUGCUCUCUGCCAGCGACGCCCGGUGCCAGCUGCUGCUGGACACGGUGGAGAAGUUCCGUUUCGUCAACAUGGUGCGAGACCUCAUGCUGUGGAUGGACGGGGUGAACCUGCAGAUCGACGCCCACGAGAACCCCAGGGACGUGUCGUCAGCGGAGCUCGUGAUCACAAACCACCAGGACAUCAAGGCUGAAAUCGAGGCUCGCGCCGACAGCUUCACAUCCAGUAUCGAGAUGGGCAGCUCGCUGCUGGCAAAGAACCACUACGCUUCAGAGGAGAUCAGAGAGAAACUGAAGCAGCUGGAUGACAAGAGGGAUGAGAUCAACAACAAGUGGCAGGAGAAGAUGGGCUGGCUGCAGAUCGUGCUGGAGGUGCUGCAGUUUGGUCGUGAUGCCUCUGUUGCCGAGUCGUGGCUAGCCAGUCAGGAGCCGAUCGUUCGUGCCGCGGAGCUCGGGGGAAACGUGGACGAGGUGGAGAGUCUGAUCAAGAGACACGAGGCCUUUGAGAAACUGGCAGCGGGCUGGGAGGAGCGGUUUGGACUGCUGGAGAAACUCACCACGCUCGAGGAGCAGGACAUGAAGCGCCGGAGAGAAGAGGAAGAGAGACUGAGGAGGCCACCCACACCCCCUCCACCAGAGCCCGAGGUGGUACAGCCCACACAGGAGGAGGCACAGGACACAUACGCUGGCACAAGUUUGGACCAGACCACCCUGGACCAGUCUGUCUCGGUGAAUGGAGUUCACAGCGACCUAGAUUCAUCGCAGCCAGUGUCAGUGACCAUGAAACCGAGGAAUAUUACACAGCCCCGAAAACCUGCUGACUCCGAGGCAGAGUCGGUGAACGGUCCAGGGAGAGAGAGGGACAGCGGCCUGGCUGCCUCCUCUGAGCCAGGGGCUCGCCUCGAACCGUCACCCACAGUAACGCUGCCCAGCAAGGUACCGGAGCCGGCAGGUGGGGAGCAGAUGGAGGGGAUGCUGUGCAGAAAACAUGAGAUGGAGUCUUUCUCCAAGAAAGCAGCGAGCAGGUCCUGGCAGAACGUGCACUGCGUGCUUCGAAAAGACAGUCUCGGUUUCUAUAAAGACAGUAAGAGCGCCGCCGCUGGCAUCCCGUACCACGGAGAGGUGCCCGUCAGCCUGACGGAGGCCGUGUGUGAGGUGGCACACGACUACAAGAAGAGGAAACACGUCUUCAAACUGCGGCUAAGCGAAGGAAAGGAGUUCCUUUUCCAGGCAAAAGAUGACCCUGAGAUGAACACUUGGAUUCGAUCAAUAGCAGCCUCAAUUUCGGGCGGGUGUGCAGCGGAGCGGUCCCCCAGCGCCCCCAAGGGGCUGAGUCGUGCCAUGACCAUGCCCCCCAUCUCCCCCAACAGCGGAGAAGCAGGCGGGGUGACGAUGAGGAACAAAGAAGGCAAGGAGCGCGACAGGGAGAAGAGGUUCAGCUUUUUUGGCAAAAAGAAAUGAGGAUUUUGUGACGCAGUUAUUCCUGGAAACUUUUCAGUUCUGUGAAGCAAGAGGACUCUGGUUUAGGGACUCCUGUGAUUUUAUUUUUGUUGUAUUUUUUUAAUUUUAUUUUUAAUCAUUUUUUUUGGUUUUGGAAAGAUUUAAAAAUAUUUAAGUCUAAUGUUAUUAAAAAAAAAAGCGACAAUAUGUGAAGCCAAAUUUAGAAAAUGCUAAACUGUAUUCUUAAUAAGACUGGUUGGUGACUAUAUGUACCCUAAUGGUUACUGGGACCGUGUUGUUAUUAACACUGGCUUCCAAAUAUAUGAAUAUAUUAGCGAGUUGGAUUUGAGAGAGAGAGAGAACCGGUUUGAGAUUUGAAAAGGUUUGACCAGAGCGAUGCAACGGGACAUGUCCGUUCUGGAGAUUUGCUCUUUUCAGUUUUGUUUUCGCUGGGUUUUAAUUUUGAUUUCACUUUUGUGUCGGGAUGCUUUUAAUAGUGUGGAGGGGGGGAAAAAGACACUAAAUAUUUGGAAAGGGGGGUUCGUGGGAGGGUUACCCCUACAUAUAUUGUGCCAAUGAGCAAAGGUGGUAAGCUGGUCUUUGUUACUGUAAGAACUAUUGCUUAUCUUAUUGCCUGGACAUUUUUUGCUGUUACAUCAAUGCUUGUCGUUUUGGUUCUUUUUUUUAAUUAUUUUUGCUUGUUUUAAAAAUGCCUCUCUGCAGACAAACAAAAUACAAAGUCAACUAACUAAUGUGAUGGUUUGAUUUUUGCUCUUUUUGAAGUUUAAAAAGAUUCAAUGACUAACAUUCUGUAGCCCAGUCUCUCUGUAUAAAUGAGGAGGAGGCGGGGCUGGCAGAGUUGAAAGGUCACGCUGUCACAUUGGAAUGAGGACGGAGUCCUGGCAGUUAGGAUUCUCCAGACAAGCCCCAAGCAGCUCUAAGCCGGUUACAGAAACGUGAUAAGAACUCAAAGCGAAUGCAGACAUCAUGUACCUAUCGGGAUUGAAAAAUAAAUACUUCUUGAAAAUACUUUUCUGAAAGCUAGUGUGGGUUUUGUUGAACGUAUAACAUUCUGAGUUUGUGAAACUUGUCUGUGAAGUAAGUGGGUGUAACUGUGUAAUAGUUCAGAAGCGGCAGAGCUGAAGAAAUCAAAACUUUUUAGAUGUUUGUAUCCAAAGUCUGGAGUGACAGUUGAAAUUGACAGUUUAAUAUUUUUUUUAAUCGCUUUGCUGUACGUGAAUCUGCAGUUUAAUUACUAGCGAAGGGAUAAAUAUUCUUUCAUUGGCGUAUUCUCUCAGUACCUGGUAGCUAUUUAAGGGGGCACACACUACUCUGUACAGCAUGGCGUGUUCUUUAUUCCAGACAGCGCUGGUGCAGUUCCAUUGCAUCUGUUUUCGAUACAAUAUACUUCAAGCAGUUUAAGUCUUUGAAAGACUUCAGGGCUCUCAAUGCAGGUUUUACAUUCUGUAUGAGCCUUAUUACUGUUCAGAGCAUGUACUGACAUUGAACUGAGUCAAUAGCGAUGCAGUGAACAGUUCUUGCUCAAUAAAGGUACAGUAAAGGCAAGUUCUAGUUCUACAGCCUUUGAGCCAGUCUGCCACCUAUGUUUGGGGUUGCUGAUGUGUAUUUCUCAUGGUGGUAUGGGUAACUGUCUUUACUAUAGCUACAUGUAUAAGAUACCGAACCACAAUACUGUGCGAGGCUCUCCGGAUUACCUUUAGGGCCAAAAAACGGAAUCUCUGUUUCAUUCUUGCCAGUUUUUGUUUUUGCUAAACACUGACGUCGGUUUAUUUAACCUUGCAAAAAUAUACAGAGACGAUGCCUGUCUGUGAGCUUUGAAGCAGAAUAAUAAAAGUAUUUUCACUUUUAAUAAACCA